CUUAGCACCCCAUACAUGACCACAACCUUUAUAAAGAAACGAUGUUUUCCUUUUCAAUUUCCAAUUCCAUUUUCAUACUACACGACAACCAUAAUCCCGCAUUCUCCGGACGCCACAAUUAUCAAAACAGGUUUCAACCCACACACAUCACGCACCAACUUCCACCUCAACCAUCUUAUUUCAAAUGGCCAUCUUUCCCAAGCCCACCACCUGUUCGACCAAAUGCCUCAUCCAAAUACUUUCUCUUUAAACACUUUGAUUUCCGGGUACGUCAAAUCCGGCGAUAUUACUCGUGCAAAACACUUGUUUGACAACAUGGUUGUCCGGACCGCAGUUUCUUGGACAAUACUAAUUGGUGGGUAUUCGAAAUGUAAUAGACCAGUAGAAGGGUUUAAGUUGUAUGCCGAAAUGUGUAGGUGGGGUACAGUUCCCGAUUAUGUGACGUUUGCGACGCUUUUUUCGGGUUGUGAUGAGACUGUGGCGACGAAAAAUGUGACUCAAGUUCAUUGUCAUGCUGUUAAGUUUGGGUUUGAUGGGACGGUUAUGGUUUGUAAUAGUUUGGUUGAUGCUUACUGUAAAACUGGUACCCUUGACUUGGCUAGCCGGCUUUUUAUGGAGACAAUGAUGAAGGAUUGUGUGACGUUUAAUGCAAUGAUAACUGGAUACUCGAAUGUUGGGUUGAAUAAUCGAGCGAUUAGUUUGUUUAUUGAAAUGAAAAGUUUGGGUAUGAUGCCCUCUGAGUUUACUUUUGCAGCAGUCAUAUGUGCUUGUAUGGGGCUAAAUGAUGUUAAUCUUGGAAAGCAGUUUCAUGGACUUGUUCUCAAAGAUAACUUUGUUUGGAACGUAUUUGUGUCCAAUGCGUUUCUUGACUUUUACUCGAAGCAUGAAUUAAUAGACGAUGCAAAAAGACUUUUUGAUGAGAUGCCGUUGCUAGAUUGUGUAUCUUACAAUGUGAUUAUAACUGGAUUUGUUUGGGCUGGGAGAUUAAAGGAAUCAUUAAAUCUUUUUCGUGAAUUGCAAAGGACUAGCUUUGACAGAAAACAAUUUCCUUUCGCAACAAUGCUGAGCUUAGCAGCAACUGAAGGUAAUCUAAAAAUGGGCUUGCAAAUCCAUGCUCAAGCCUUGGUGACAGAGGCCAAUUUUGAUAUUCUAGUCGGGAAUGGCUUGGUUGAUAUGUAUGCAAAAUGUGAUAGAUUUGAGGAAGCUAGUGUGAUCUUUGCUAGCCUUCCCCAUGGAAGCUCUGUUCCGUGGACUGCUAUAAUAUCGGCAUACGUUCAGAAAGGUAAUUAUGACGAAGCUCUGCAGCUUUUUAAGCAAAUGCGCCAAGCCCAUGUUUAUGGAGACCAGGCAACUUUUGUAAGCACUUUAAAAGCUUCUGCAAACUUGACGUCUCUUUCACUAGGGAAACAAUUACACUCUGCUAUGGUCACAGUAGGCUGUUUGUCGAAUGUAUAUUGUGGUAGCUCUCUAGUGGACAUGUAUGCAAAAUGCGGGCACAUAAAAGAAGCGAUACACGUGUUCAAGGAAAUGCCUAGUAGGAACAUAGUCUCUUGGAAUGCAAUGAUCUCGGCUUAUGCACAGGAAGGAGACGGUGAAGCCACAUUAAGAACCUUUGAAGAGCUGAUCAAAUCGGGUCUCCACCCGGAUUCAGUGACCUUUUUGGGUGUUUUCGCUGCUUGUAGCCACUGUGGGCUCAUCGAGGAAGGGCUUGCACACUUUAAAUCUAUGACUCAAAGAUAUAAAAUUGCUGUCCGAAGAGAACAUUAUGCAUCCAUGGUUGAUCUUUUGUGCAGAUGUGGACAGUUUAGUGAAGCGGAGAAAUUAAUGGAUGAAAUGCCAUUUGAGCCAGAUGAAAUCAUGUUGUCUUCGGUCAUGAGAUCUUGUAGGGUUCACAAGAAUCAAGAUUUUGCCAAAAGGGUCGCAGAUGCACUCUUCAAUAUGGAAGUUCUUAGAGAUGCCGCCCCAUAUGUGAACAUGGCUAAUAUAUAUGCAGAAGCCGGUCAAUGGGAAGACGUUAGUAAAGUGAAGAAGGCAAUGAAGGAUCGGGGAGUUAAGAAAGUUACUGCAUACAGCUGGGUUGAAGCAAACCACAAAGUUCAUGUUUUCACUGCAAAUGACAGAACCCAUUCUCAGAUUGUGGAUAUUAGGAAAAAGAUUGAUAUUUUAUGGAGGAAGAUGGAAGACGAAGGGUACAAGCCAGACACAAGUGUCAUCCUUCAAAAUGUGAAUGAGGAGGUUAAAGUAGAAUCUCUAAAAUAUCAUAGCGAGAAGUUGGCUAUCGCUUUUGCACUUAUUAGCACACCAGAAGGAUCACCCAUUGUAGUAAUGAAGAACUUGAGAGCUUGCGUGGACUGUCAUGCUGCAAUCAAGAUUAUAUCCAAAAUUGUUGGGAGGGAUAUCAUAGUCAGGGACUCUAGCAGGUUUCACCAUUUUAGAAAUGGAUGUUGUUCAUGUGGGGAUUAUUGGUGAUUGCAUUGACGCAACAAAAGACCAACUUCUGUUCUCUUGAUUGGCAUGAUCAACAGAAAGCUACAUGUGUUUGUAAGGAAUCGGGUAUUAAGUAAAGCCACAGGUGAAGAAAGAAAGAAGAAAAGAGAACAUGACAAAAGACCAUGGCGAUACUCAGAUUGGAUCCACAUAGAUUCAUGAUAUAAGAGGCUUGACUUAUGGGAGUGACUCAUAUUGUCUCUAAUGAGAAGUAAACACUCCUACCACAGAAUCAAGAUACUCUAAAACCAAUGUUUCCAUCAAUUUCGUGGCACAUACCCCUCUUAUCCUUUUCGGUCAAAUGAGUUAUAUCACUUAAAAUGUACAUCAUAAAGAACAAGCAUGUCCAACUCCCAAAAAAGUACUUCAGAUAUCUGAUCAUAACUAAAUGUAUUAGUUGUGAAGCGAGUUUUAUCA